CACAAGGAGACAAAGCAGGGAAGGAGGCCGUCUGAGGAAAUAAGAUGCCAUUUUCUGGCUGUUCAAAAAUGGCGGUAGAUGUUCUUUCCUCCAAUAUAACAAAGAAAUCUGUGCAGCAGCAGCCACUGCCCACUUCCCUAGAGGAUUCCACCUUCAAUUUAUCUAAUCCCGCAGUCCUUGAAACUCUCUGGACUUCCGCUUGCUUCCUAUUUUGUUGUGGAAAGGCAUCACCAACCCCCGCCAUCGCCAAUUCGCCAUGGCUGCCUCUAGUUUGCUCUGCAAUAAUCCAAUCUUCAACCCUAGUUCCAAUUCGUUCGGCAAAAGCAAUUUCUCCUCCUUCAUCCCAUCUGGGUCCGUCUGUUUCACGCAAAAGUUCCAAUUUCAGAGGAGCCCAGUUGUGAAAGCCAGCAAGAAGCAAAUAGAGGUAGUGUAUAAUCCUGAUGAGAGGUUGAACAAGUUAGCAGAUCAGGUGGAUAAGGAAGCUCCUCUUUCCAGGCUCACUCUAUUCUCUCCUUGCAAGAUUAACGUUUUCUUGAGAAUUACCAGCAAGAGAGCAGAUGGCUACCAUGAUUUGGCAUCUCUUUUCCAUGUGAUUAGUUUAGGAGAUAUAAUUAAGUUCUCGUUGUCCCCUUCGGAUAAAACCGAUCGUUUAUCCACCAAUGUGUCUGGGGUUCCCCUUGAUGACAGGAAUUUGAUUAUAAAAGCCCUGAACCUCUACAGGAAAAAGACAGGCACUAACAAAUACUUUUGGAUUCACCUAGAUAAGAAGGUACCAACUGGGGCUGGACUUGGUGGUGGAAGCAGCAAUGCUGCAACUGCUCUGUGGGCUGCCAAUCAAUUCAGUGGCGGUCUUGCUACUGAGGAAGAGCUCCAAGAAUGGUCUGGGGAGAUUGGUUCAGACAUUCCUUUCUUCUUCUCCCAUGGAGCAGCUUAUUGUACCGGCCGUGGUGAGGUUGUCGAAGAUAUGCCUUCACCUAUUCCUCUAGACAUUCCUAUGGUUCUUGUUAAGCCUCCACAAGCCUGCCCAACUGGUGAAGUUUACAAGCAUCUCCGAGUGGACCAAGCUAGUCAAGUCGAUCCGUUGACUCUGUUGGAGAAGAUAUCAAGGAAUGGCAUAUCACAAGAUGUUUGUAUAAAUGAUCUGGAACCUCCAGCAUUUGAAGUUCUGCCAUCCCUUAAAAGGUUGAAGCAGCGUAUAGCAGCGGCUGGCCGUGGACAGUAUGAUGCUGUUUUCAUGUCUGGGAGUGGUAGCACCAUUGUCGGCAUUGGUUCACCAGAUCCUCCACAAUUUAUCUACGACGAUGAAGAAUAUCAGGAUGUUUUCUUGUCAGAGGCGAAAUUCGUGACGAGAGAACCUGAUCAGUGGUAUAAGGAACCCGCGUCCACCACUUCCAUCAUCUCCCCCUCGGAUUUCUCACGAUCUACUGGUCGAGAAUCCAGUUUAUAGAAAAAAGAAGCCAUCUUUGUGUCAAUAGACGGUUGGUCUUGUUAUUUUCAUUCUUGAGGGGGUGUGCUGUAAUAUUUUUCUGACACUUAUUGGUGAGAAACCGCAAAAUGGUGGUACAAGACCAUAAACCACAGCUGGUCGGUUCGAAAACCAAGCAUCUUGGAGAGGUUGGGAUCUUGUUGCGAAGACGGGAAAAGUGAUGCUUAGUGUUGUAUUUGAAAUGCAAUAACAAUAAGAAUGUUCUCUUCUGUAUUCAAAGACUACAUAAACAGAUCCAGCAGGAUAGAAUCCAUAUCUGCAGAUCCAAGUUAUGGCUGAACAGAAACAGAGGGCGGAGAGGACAACAUUGAAACCAUUGGGAUAACAUUUCCCAAAUGAUUACGUCUACGAUUGACAGGACGAUGAUUAAUUUACCAAGGUUUAGAAGCUCAAUUUCAGAGGUGAAACCAUUUCUGCGGAAUGAAUCACGGAAAUUCAAAGGGAAAGGAAGAAUUCAAGAAAAUGAACUCUUUGAGAUGCCACUUUUUACUAAGGAUAUUCAACAAAUCGGCAAAAAAAAGCAGGCAACCCAACAGCAACCAUAAAAUUCAUACACAUUUUUCCUGUCCUUCUUCCCCUUUUUUUUUCUGUUUCAUUUUUAUUCACGGCGUCCCCCAAACCACUCUACUACAGUGAAGGAGAAGAAACAAACUGUCUGGGUAAGCUAAACAGAUCUUUCCCCUCAAAUGGAGACGUCCAUUCAUGCGAGCCGCCAGCUGAUGUUUCCGGGUUGGUCACCCCGCCACCGUCCUGCAGCCCUGCAAAGCCACCUACACCAUUCAUACUUGGAGUUGCUCUCAUCGAUAGCUUUGCACCCAAACCCGACCCUGUAGGGUCAUAACCCUGGGUGGCACCAUUCAUUAACGACCCUUGCCCGAGACAGAAUGUUGUGUUAGGCCUUGGAGAAGACGAACUCCGAUCCAAACUCCAGUCUAUGUUGGUGUAGUCUAACUGUGCCAUCGAGCUUGCAGUGCUCCAAUCGACAGGUGAGGAGGCCCCCGAAGAAACAGUUGAACCGAAGCCAGAGAAGAGUCCGAGGUUAGAAGCAGCAGCAAGGGUUGAAGCUGCCCCUGUUCUAUUACUCCAUAACCCAUUCCCUCCCCUACUUGUCUCUAGAGGACUGCUUCCAGGAAUAAAAUGUUGUUGCUGCUGCUGCUGCUGCUGUUGAAACUGAAGAUGAUGGUUGUGGAACAUUUGAUUAGAGGAAGUGAGGUGGCUUGGAUUUAGGUUGCUUGGAAUCUGUGGCACAAAUCCAUUACUGGGCUUCAUCAUAUCAAUGCCAUUUGCAGGGUACCAAUUGAGGCUAGCAGACCCGGGUGGAGGAGAUGAGCUCAUGCUUGUUACUGCUGGAAGCUGUUUUGUAUUUACAGUAGGUUGAGGUCGCUGCAUCAUGAUAACAGGUUCUCUAACAGUAGUUCCACCAGGGUGAAAGUUCUUGUUGUUAUAUUCACUCCCAACAGAUGAUGGUGUAUACCUGCUGGUAUCUGCCUUGGGUGGCUGUGGUGAAACUUGCAAAGGAGACGACAGAGAGUAAGAAACAGAUGGGUUACUAUUAGAUGCUGGCACACCAGUCCACCUUUUCUCUGAUACCACCACACCAGAGACCAACUUUGAUGGUUGUAUUCUGUUCAAAGGCUGCUGCAAGUUCUUCACCAUCCCAGGUUCUGGAGAUCCUCCUCCUCCCAAGGGAGGAGGAACAGCUGCUUUUGUGUAGUUGAAGUCUCUAUUAUCAUCUCGUCUCUGUUGUACUACCAUGGAAGGUUGACUAUGAUUAGGUCUUACUUGAGAUCUCAUAGCAUUCUGAUGACUGACAGCUAUUGGACCCCCCUUGCCACUGUUAACCAUGGUUGGGGGAUCACCAGUUUCGUCAGGCUUUGGAGGUGAAGGAGGAGGAUCGAGCUUCAUCCUCCUUAAACUCUCUGCAGCUUUAUCGAGGUCACCUUCAGAACCAACUACUGCUCGUUCAACCUCUUGCUUCGUGCACUUGUAUCUCACUUCUAAAUCAGCAAUCCGAGCAAGCUCAUCGGAUAUAUCAAUUUUCAAAUUCCCACCACCACCGAGAUUCUGAUCCCUGUGUUUAUCAUCUGCAUCUUCACCAACUUCAAACAACCAUGAUACAGAUUCCUCUACUUUACCUUCAUUAAGUAUUAGAGCCAUGGUAGCUCUUUCAUGGGAGAAUCCCAUGGCAACUAGCUGCUGAGCAAGUGCUUCGAGCUUCCUUGACAUGAGAUAGCCACUGCACCGCUCGUGCAAUUCCUGUGCCCGCCUUUCCUUCUGACGCUGAUGCUUCCUCUCAUUCUUCUGACGGAUUUUCUCUCUCUUAUCAUUGUCGGCAGCACCAGGUAUUGUUGCGUCCUGGCGUGCGGGGGUGUUGGAGGUCUUCUCCUUGUGGUGAUCUUCUGAAUCACCAGACCAGCUUCCAUUGUUUGAGACAGAAUCAUAUUCCACGCCACCAGCUCCCCCAAACUGAUCAUCUGUCUCAUCUAUGUUGCGGAAUCUGCCAUUGUUGUGUAUGGGAGAGGUGGCAGAUGUUGGCACGGUUUCAAGUGUAUGGAAUGUUCCAGACAGUGGAUUAUAUGCACUGGCUGGGAUGCUACUACUGCUACCCCCGUUAACAGUGCCUGAUGAAGGCUUUGAUAGUGCCUUCUGAGGUUCUUUGCCAGAUUUCUUGUCCUUGGACUUGGCUCUUGAUGCCGGAGACAUCACUGCCUCAAAGUAGAGACUGUGGCUCCUGGAAGAAAGAUGGGAGGGGAGAGAGGAGACGAGACGGAGUGAUCGAUGCUGCUGUUGACGACCACGGCAACGUCGACGACGACGGCGGCGGCGGCGGCGGCUGCGAAAGCGAUCGGAGAGGGGCAAUCGAAGCGCGCGAGAGAUCGCAGGUGGAGCAGACGGAUUGAUUUUGGACAGAGAGCGGUUAGCACGGUGGGAAUAUGGGGGGAGAAGAGAGACGAAAGACGGGAUGGGUGUUUCGAGGCCCAAACUGAAUCGACGGAAUUAGGGUUUUGAGAGAAAAAGGGGCAGAAAAGGAGAGCAGACAGAAGA